UUCAGUUUUCAGAAAGCAACAACAACGAGCUGCCCGCAACCCUAGCCUCCACCACCGCCGCAAGAAGUGAGCCAUUGCCGCCGUCCGUCGCACUCGGGUGGCUUCUCUCUUCGUCCUGUCGGCGUUCUCCAAGUCUCCAACCCCUGUUCGCUCUCAGACUCAGCAGUUGCAGGCACGCAGCUUCUUCGUCGAGCGUCCGUCAUUUUCGUCUGCUUGCCGUCGUGCUAGCUGUCGUCUUCGUAUGCUCGCCGUCGUGCUCGCCGUCUCAGACCGAAGAGCAGAAGCUCAACCAAGAGAAAAACCGUAGCCUCCACCACCGCGGCAAGGAGGAGCCGUGUUUGCCGCCGUCCGCCGCAGUCAGGGGCUUGUCUCUUCGAGUCUUCUUCCGCCGCAGUUGAAUGGAGGAGCAUUUGGUAAAUGAUGAUACCACCAUUGGUGGUGAAGCUGAAGAUCUUAAUGAGGAAAGGUCGGCAUCAGAAUCUGAAUCAGAAUCCGACGAAGAUGUGAAAUUAACUGAACCGUCUAAAACUGCAGUUUAUAACAGAGAUGCUCUGUUGGAUAAACUUGGAGACAUCAGUUGGCCAGAGAAUGUGGGAUGGAUUCACACGCUCUCCAUUGAUAUUGAUCAAGAGCAAGAAGUAGAUGUGAAUGAUGACUUAACACGUGAGCUUGCGUUUUACAACCAGGCAUUUGAGGGAACAAAGCAGGCAUAUCAGAAACUCCAGUCACUGGGUCUCCCCUUUCUGAGACCUCCAGAUUAUUACGCAGAAAUGGUGAAGACUGAUAACCACAUGCAAAAGGUGAAAGGACGUGUACUGGCAGAGAAGCGGAAGAUGGAAGAGGCCGAAGAGAGAAGAAAGGCCAGGGAGGCCAAGAGGUUGGCGAAAGAGAUUCAAGCCCAGAAGAUGAAAGAACGGGCUAAGCAGAAAAAGCAAGACAUUGAAUCUGUUAAGAAAUGGAGGAAGCAAAGGCAACAGAGUGGGUUUGCUGACCAUGGCAAUGAUGCAGAUUUAGGUUUUGACUUUGAGGAUGGAAAGUCAUUUGAGAGGUCAAAGGGCAAAAGGCCAGGAGUGUCUCCGGGUGAUCGGUCAGGAGGGAAGGGGAAGCAAGCUUUUGGAAAAGGAAAGACACAAAAGAAAAGGGAAUUUAGGAAUUCCAAAUUUGGCUUUGGAGGCAGGAAGGGAAUGAAGAAGCAGAACACUGCUGACACGACUUAUGAUGUUAAGGGAUUCAACAAGGGCGAAGGCAAAGGAAAUAAGAAGAGAAAGAGGUAAGAUACGCCCCGUUUUCAUGUUUCUCGAGGGAUGGAUAUUAUGGAAUCUGCCCAUGCUGGUGGUACUCCUGAAAUUUUAUCUGCUCCAGUUCUAUUUUAGUUUAUCUCAUUGUAACUUUUUUAUCGACAAUUACAAAUUCUUAAAUAUUUACUCCAGUUUUGGCGUUUGGUAGUUCAAUGAUCUAUUACUAUAUGCGGUCCUUUGCAUGGCAUGAAUUAAUUGUAGCUCUUUUUUGUGUUCAAGACAGUGUAACUUUUAGACGCAUGUUGGAAGUGAUUUAUUUACUUUUAUC